GCCAACGCAAUCCCAAAGAUGAAGAAAUCGCCAAUGAAGCCAUUUUUGUGCGUCGUGAUCUGAGAAUGCUCGUAUUCCAGGAUGUCUGCUGAAAGCCAAGAGAACCGGACAGUGGAGGUGCUGGGAGUACCAGAGGAGGUGGAGGAGGAGCUGCUGUAUUUGUACUUUGAGAACAAGCGUCGUUCUGGGGGAGGUAAUCUGGUGUCUGUGGCGCUGGAAGGGAGCCGGGCCUUACUGCUGUUUGAAGAGGCGGAGGUUGCAUCAAGGGUCCUGUCUAAAAGAGCACAUGUCCUGAGCAAUGCUGAGCUGACCGUGAGGAAGCCUGGGUGUAAGGAUCCACGGAGGCUGCUGCUGCGGGGGAUUAACCCAUCCAGCUGUCAAGAGCUGGUGGAGCUGUAUGUAGAGAACAUGAUGGGGAUGGACAUGGACGACUACACUCUGCACCCUUCACCUGGCAGGGACCUGGUCCUAGUACACUUCCAUCAGGCCUUCAAUAAAGACUUCCAGAAGCUUUGCUCAAAGAUCUCUAAGAAGCCUCUGGAUGGAGCGCAGAUCGUUCUGGAACAGAUCGAUCAAACUGACUCCAUCCUAAUUGAGAACCUGCACCCCAGCAUCACAGCAGACAUGCUUAAUCUGUACCUGGAGAGCCAACGGGGCGGGCGCGGUGAAGUUAAGGAGGUCACCAUGAUGUCAGAGGGGGUUGCCAGGGUCUCCUUCCUGGACUUUGACUCAGUGGAACGUGUCCUUAAACAAUCACAUAAACUGGAGGAGACAGAUCUGACGGUCAGGCCUUACUUCUCCUUCCUCCAAUCAGAGGACAGCUCCUCCUCACCUCUGACCUCUCCCCUGACCUCUGUGAAUGGAACAUCAGAUAGUAGCACAACGAACACACAGCAGACAGACAAUGGUGGUCAAUCACAGACUGAUUCUCUCCCUGCAGACAUAACCAAUGACCGUUCUCAGUCCUCCCACAAGGCUAUCUCUGAGCUUCUGGUCCCCCCUGUGUCCCAGGCAGCAGCUGCCCAGGAAGGCAUGGAUGACCUAAUUUCGACCCCAGAGCCCAUGUCUAGCCACAUUUCCGUCCCAGACCCGGUGAAACUCACCCUGCUCCAGGCCAGUCCCCUGCCCCAGAGCCUCCAGCUGGCCCACCAAGGCUGUAGCGUCCAGAUCAGGGAGGACGGGGUCCACAUGGCCGGGCCUGACCGGCUAGUGCUGGAGCAGUUGAAGAACGCUGUGUUGGAGUUCCUUGGGGGCGUGGCCCAGGCUCAUCUCACCUUUGACCCAGAAAAGGCACACUUCCUGGCCAAACAGGAAGUGAAGGACAGGCUGCUGCAGACGUUGAAAGAAAAUGGGUUGCCGUCCAUGUACACCGUGUCGGACUGUGUCGUCAUGGUAACGUCUCUGUCUCCCAGCUUGGUGAGCCAGGCAUGUAGUAUGUUGAAGACUCUGCUGUCUGACUUCAGUAUCCCUGUGGACAGAGCGAAUGAGUGUAUGCUGUACGCCCAGGAGUGGACUGGCUUCCUCCAGUCUCUGGGUCUCUGCUCUGCUAAGGUGUCAGAAAGAGGACAGAUAGAUGUCCUGACUCUGAGAGGGUUGGAGGAGGAGAAGCAGGCUAAGAUAGUGGAGUUCCUCAGUACACCCAUUGAAACGGAGGCUAUCAUCUCUAUGGAGCCAGGCAUGUUGAAGUACAUCCAGACCCACCAUCAUCAGCUACUGGCUGAUAUGAACCAGGUGUCAAUCUUCCCUCUGGACGCACAUGGCGUCUGUGGACUCAGAAUCCAAGGCAAUGCUGCGGCAUGUCAAAUGGCCGAUGAGGUUCUGAGGGGCGUGGUGUUGUCCACCGAGACCAGAACCAUCACGGUGAAACAGACGGGCGUGGCGCGAUUCCUCAUCCAGGAGGGGGACGGGACCAGCAUCCUCAGGGAGAUGCAGACUAAGUUCCAGGUCUACAUCAGCAUGGAGAAGGUGCACUGGGAACCCCUGGACAAUGAGGACAUCUUUGAGGCUGCGUGGGAUAUGACGUCCCAUCAGAGCUUCCAGAGAAGUUCCUUACAGGCCUCAACAUCAGUUCUGACUCACACUAACCAGACUUCCAACAACCUCUCCGCUUCAGACAGAGAUCGUAUAGAGGAGGCAAAGAGGCUGUUCUCAGCCAUAGAUGAGACGCUGGACUCUGGCCUUUCCGGUUUGACCAGAACCACUGACAUCGAGGAGGAUCUGUUUACGGCCGAGGAACCCAUGACCCUGAGCUCUGACCAGGGCCCAGACAGUGCUAACGUUGAGGUGGAGGAAGAGCCUCCACUGCCCCUGGUGGAGGGAGGGGAUGCUGACGAUGAGGGUGCUACUGCUCCUGUGGUGACUCAGGAUGGAGAGCUGUCCCGGGCCAUGCAACUCUCCACUACCCUGGAGGAGGAGGCGCAGAUGUCCCUGGCCAUCCAGUACUCUAUGGAGACCACCAAGAGGUCCCUGGCUGACGAGGAGGAGGAGGAGCUGCAGAAGGUUCUAGAGCUGUCUAGGAAGAUGACGAAGAUGACUCGGGAUGAUGGUGGUGCCAUGCCUACCGCUUCCCUCCCUACUGCUGGCUCCCACCUCGAUCAGGCUGUCCAGGUAUCUCUGCAGGAGGCUAUUCAGUCAGCCAACUCGGCAACAAUCUUUGUGUUCGCUGGCUACAGUUGUGACCUGGUCAGAGUGGACAUUGCCCUGAACAAGAGGGUCAGUAUUAAACAGCAUGAGGAGAAGCUAGAGCACCGCAGCCUGAGGAGCCUGUCUCCGUAUCACAGGUGGUGUCUGGACCUCGUCAAGAGGAAACAUGCCGUGGAGGUCACCAUCCAGGGAACUACGGCAACCAUCUCCGGGUUCAAGGACUUUGUUACCGGUGCGAUGCCGGACAUGAAGCUGCUGCUGAGGAGGAUCUCCACGACGACACCAGAUGCUGACAUCCUGCGGACAGUGCAAUGGGUGUGGCACGACCCGGCGUCGUCAGGGACGGAGAUCCCGUACGCUCCUGAGGCGACAGUGUUCAUGGAGAACGCCUGGAAGAUGAGACAGAAAAAGAUCGAUAUCCUGCUCAACAACCUGCCGCACAUCAUUAACUUUGAGAAGAUGCAGGAGUACAACGUUGCCUCUGGGAAGUCCGUAACCAUCUCCAGGAAGAUGCUGAGCUCAGAUGACAUGUACUCAGAGAUGCAAGAUGAGGACUACAGUCUACUGUCCAACCUGCCUGAAACAUCCAGAAUGAACAAGGACUCUGAUGAGUUCCGGGAUGUUGUGAAAGACUUCUACGACUCCACACAGGAGUACCACAACAAAAUCCGAAUCAUUAAGGUUGAGAAGCUGAUGAAUAGGCUCCUUUACAACCAGUACAGACUGAAGAAGGCUAGUAUAAAUCAGAGUACCACUGACCCAGAAGUGGAGCGGACUCUGUACCACGGCACAAGCGAGACCAGCGUGAAAGAGAUCUGUGUUCAUGGCUUCAAUAGAAGCUUCUGUGGAAAGAAUGCCACUGUGUAUGGUCAGGGGGUCUACUUUGCUGUGAACUCGGCCCUGUCCAUCCAGGAUCAAUAUUCUCCCCCCAACGCAGAUGGACACAAGUUUGUGUUUGUGACCAAGGUGCUGACUGGGGACUUCACUCAGGGCAGUCAUUCCAUGAAGGCUGCUCCUCUGAAGGAGAGCUCUGACAUACCACUCCGAUACGACAGUGUGGCAGAUAAGACUGACAACCCCUCUCUGUUUGUGAUCUUCAACGACACACAGGCAUACCCUGAGUAUCUCAUCACAUGUCAGAAGAUUCACCGCUGAGGGAAGGAGCGAGUGGGAGAUGAUUGAUAUCCAAAGAACUGUUUCGUCAGAGUUUUAUUUGUUCGUUUUCUCCCUAUUGAGAAAAGAGGAUUCAAAUACAUUUGUAUUUGUCACAUGAGCCGAAUACAACAGGUGUAGACCUUACAGUGAAAUUCUUACUUACAAGCACUUAACCAACAAUGCUUUCUUAAAAAAAAAACACAAAAAGAAUAAGAAAUAAAAGUAACAUAAUUCUAGAGCAGCAGUAAAAUAACAAUAGCAAGGCUAUAUACAGGGGGUACCGGUACAGAGUCGAUGUGCAGGAGCACCGGUUAGUCAGGGUAAUGGAGGCAAUAUGUACAUGUAGGUAGAGCUAUUCAAGUGACUAUGCAUAGAUAAUAAAAAGAGUGUAGCAACAGCGUAAAAGAGGGGGGCAAUGCAAAUCGUCUGGGUAGCUAAUUGAUUAGAUGUUCAAGAGUCUUAUGGCUUGGGGUGGAAGCUGUUUAGAAGCCUCUUGGACCUAGACUUGGCGCUCCGGUACCACUUGCUGUGCGGUAGCAGAGAGAACAGUCUAUGACUAGGGUGACUGGAUUCUUUGACAAUUUUUAGGGCCUUCCUCUGACACUGCCUGGUAUAGAGGUCCUGGAUGGCAGGAAUGAUGUACUGGGCCGUACGCACUACCCUAUAUGUACUGCCUUGCGGUCGGAGGCCGAGCAGUUGCCAUACCAGGCAGUGAUGCAACCAGUCCGCAUGAUCUUGACUGAUUAAUGGGAAUUCUAUUUGAAAAAGGCUUCUAAGAAUAUACUGUGUAUUGUGUUUGUGAUACUGCCCGAGAAGCUGGUAUUUGGAGGAUAUAUUGACACGGAUGUUGUAAGGAGGUAUGUUAGGCCAGAGACGAAGUCGAGCCAAUAUACAGUGCAUUCAGAAAGUAUUCAGACCCCUUGACUUUUUCCACAUUUUGUUACAUUACAGCCUUAUUCUAAAAUGGAUCAAAUAAAAACAAUCCCCCUAAAUCUACACACAAUACCCCUUAAUGACAAAGCAAAAACAGGUUUAGACUUUUUUUUACAAAUGUAUUAAAAAAAAUAUGUGAAUGUGAUUUACAUUAUUUUAAGUAUUCAGACACUUUACUCAGUACUUUGUUGAAGCACCUUUGGCAGCGAUUACAGCCUUGACUCUUACAUUUACUCUUGGGUAUGACGCUACAAGCUUGGCACCCCUGUAUUCUCCCAUUCUUCUCUGCGGAUCUUCUCAAGCUCUGUCCGGUUGGAUGGGGAGUGUUGCUGCACAGCUGUUUUCAGGUCUCGAUUGGGCUCUGGCUGGGCCACUCAAGGACAUUGAGACUUGUCCUGAAGCCGCUCCUGCGUUGUCUUGGCUGUGUGCUUAGUCUGAGGUCCUGAGUGCUCUGGAGCAAGUUUUUGUCAAGAAUCUCUCUCUCUUUGCUAUGUUCAUCUUUCCCUCAAUCCUGACUAGUCUCCCAGUCCCUUCUGCUGAGAAACAUCCCCACAGCAUGAUGCUGCCACCACCAUGCUUCACCGUAGAGAUGGUGCCAGAUUUCCUCCAGAAGUGAUGCUUGGCAUUCAGGCCCAAAGAGUUCAAUCUUGGUUUCAUCAGACCAGAGAAUCUUGUUUCUCAUGGUAUGAGUGUCUUUUAGCUGCCUUUUGGCAAACUACAAGCGGGCUGUCAUGUGCUUUUUACUGAGGAGUGGCUUCUGUCUGACCACUCUAGCAUAAAGGCCUGAUUUGUUGAGUCCUGUAGAAAUGGUUGUCCUUCUGGAAGGUUCUCCCAUCACCACAGAGGAACUCUGGAGACCUGUCCGUGACCAUUGGGUUCUCGGUCACCUCCCUGACCAAGGCCUUGUCCCCCAAUUGCUCAGUUUGGCUGGGCGGCCAGCUCUAGGAAGAGUCUUGGUGCUUCCAAAUUUCUUGGGGACCUUAAAUGCUCUGACAUACACUACCGUUCAAAAGUUUGGGGUCACUUAGAAAUGUCCUUGUUUUUAAAGAAAAGCAACAACAAAAGUCCAUUGAAAUAACAUCAAAUUGAUCAGAAAUACAGUGUAGACAUUGUUCAUGUUGUAAAUGACUAUUGUAGCUGGAUACUACUGAUUUUUAAUGGAAUAUCUACGUAGGUGUACAGAGGCCCAUUAUCAGCAACCAUCACUCCUGUGUUCCAAUGGCACGUUGUGUUAGAUAAUCCAAUUGUAUCAUUUUAAAAGGCUAAUUGAUCAUUAGAAAACUCUUUUGCAAUUAUGUUAGCACAGCUGAAAACUGUUCAGAUUUAAAGAAGCAAUAAAACUGUCCGCCUUUAGACUUGUUGAGGUUCUGGAGCAUCAGCAUUUGUGUUUUCGAUUACAGGCUCAAAAUGGCCAGAAACAAAUCAUUUUCUUCUGAAACUCGUCAGGCUAUUCCAUGAGAGAAUUUGUCAAGACUAGUGAAGAUCUCGUACAACGCUGUGUACUACUCCCUUCAUAGUAUAGCGCAAACUGGCCCUAACCAGAAUAGAAAGAGUGGAAUGCCCCGGUGCACUACUGAGCAAGAGGACAAGUACAUUAGUGUCUAGUUUGAGAAAGACCCCUCUCAAGUCCUCAAAUAGCAGCUUCAUUAAAUAGUACCCGCAAAACACCAGUCUCAACGUCAACAGUGAAGAGGCGCCUCCGGGAUGCUGGCCUUCUAGGCAGAGUUGCAAAGAAAAAGCAAUAUCUCAGACUGGCCAAUUGAAGAUGGGCAAAAUAACAGACACUGGACAGAGGAAGAUUGGAAAAAGUGUUAUGGACAGACAAAUCGAAGUUUGAGGUGUUCGGAUCACAAAGAACAUUUGUGAGACGCAGAAAAAAUGAAAAGAUGCUGGAGGAGUGAUUUGACGCCAUCUGUCAAGCAUUGUUAUCCAUAUCAAUAAUACGAUUGUAAUGCAUACACUUCAAUUCAAUCAUAUGAAUUAGAUGAAUGUAAUAGUUUGGAACCAUAUUGUUUCCAGUAUAGUUUGAUGUUUAUAAUCAGUUUAACAACCCACCUCCAAUGGUGUGACAUGGAAUGUUACUUGUGAAAUGUACGCAUUUAACUGGUAAUAUGUCUGGCAAAGCCAAACAGUUACUUUCCUUAUGUUGCCUUAGUUUUAUAUUUAUUAUAUUCCCUCUGAGACAUGUUUACAUUUACUUUUUAUUUUGUAAAAAGGUGGCUGUAAUUGAAGAUUUGUGUUCAAUUAAACGUGUCCUGUCAUAUUUAUGUACACAACUGCAAUGCACACAUGGUGAGAUUUCAAUCCGUACACACAUUUUUCUAUAAAGAUAGGAACUAGUGUUGUGUGGUCAUUAGUUCUUGCCGAAUUCAGUUUAGCUGCUCACGUUGGCCGAAUGGAUGUCUGCUAAAUGAUUGAAUGAAAAUAACUAAAGCCAGUUAUUAUUUUUUUGCAAUUGGAGCGUAUGAAUUAUGCUGUAAUAAAAGUGAAAGGCAAGACUCUAA